UUGACAUUAUAUUGAAUUGAAAAAUGUGUUAAAUUGAUAACAGACUCUUUGAAGUCAUGCAAUAUUUCGAAGCCAGCAUUGGCAACGCCAAAUCAUGCCCAAAAUGACUAUCGCAAAGACUCAUUCAACGACUUCAGCUCUGUGUUUAUGUUUCAUCAAAGGGCAACGUGAUCCCGCCUCUGAUUGGCUGCCAACAAGAGCUUGCAGGAUAUCGCUUAACGCACAUUGGUCGCUGGUAUGAAAGGGUGGGGCUUCGUGUUGCUACAUUGCCACCUUUAGUUGUUUCUUCGGCAGCUGGAAAGUCCCAGACAUCCCAGGAAGAUUUCCGACUGGAACACUGUCUACUGCCAUUUUAAAUGAAGGACAUUCAUUUCUUCUUCGUCGUGCUGCCGCCGCGGAUACAACGAUCUGUGACAAUGUUUAUGUCGGAAAACAAAGGAACGAAUCGAGUCGAUGCUCUCGAGAGCUAGCUCUUAUCUCCAAGCUAACGUCAGCUAACGCUAGUUCUGUGCGUGGCUAACGGCUGUUAGCUCGAGGUAACGCUUGUGUCGCGGGUGAUGGAGUGAGCAGCCCUUCCUCCUGUGGCUGGAGAAACGCCUUCUCUCGUACUGUUGACAUCAUCCGUGGAAGUGGCCCGCGGUGUCCCGCCGUGCAGCGUCAGUAGAGCGACAGCCGGGGCGGUGGGGGGGAGGCAGGGUUCGAUACCCAAGAGGGAAGCGAUGGGAAACUGUCUGAAAUCCCCGACCUCGGAUGAUAUAUCUCUGCUGCACGAGUCCCAGUUGGACCGGGACAGCUACGGAGACGGCGCCGACCCCGACCAGGAGCCCCCGCCCCCGUAUCAGGAGCAAAUCCACGUGCCCGUCUACCACCCGACGCCCAGCCAGGCCCGCCUGGCCACCCAGCUGACCGAGGAGGAGCAGGUUCGCAUCGCACAGCGAAUCGGGCUCAUCCAGCACCUCCCGAAGGGCGUGUACGACCCGGGGCGGGACGGCUCCGAGAAGAAGAUCAGAGAGUGCGUCAUCUGCAUGAUGGACUUUGUGUACGGAGACCCCAUCCGCUUCCUGCCCUGCAUGCACAUCUACCACAUGGACUGUAUAGACGACUGGCUGAUGAGAUCCUUCACCUGCCCCUCCUGCAUGGAGCCUGUGGACGCCGCGCUGCUCUCCUCCUACGAGACCAACUGACACACACACACAGAUACUAUAUAGGCACCUGGGAAGCAGAAUGGACUGGCACACAUACAGUAUGCACAAACAUCAACACACAUACACUCACUUUCAUCAGAUAAGAAAGGCGUUUAUCAGAAAGAAAGGCGUUUAUUUAGUAUAGUGAACAAUGGUGUGGAAGAUUUUGGGUGAACCUGUGUGUGUGUGUGUGUGUGUGUGUGUGUGUGUGUGUGUGUGUGUGAGAGCGGGAAUGCCUUUUGUGUACACCGCACAAUGUUCCUCCGUUGGCCUGCAGGACAGGUUUGAUUUAACGUGGACUGAACAAACGGAGCAGACCGAGCAGCACGUCCGAUGGGGAGUGGCGUUAAACGAAGUCGUUGGGGAAAGGAUGGCGGUCAGCUGACCAUGAGUAAAAUAUCUGAGAUCCGCUUUCAUAUGCAGGAAUUUAAACCAAACCGGGUCCCUAGACAGGCUUCCUUUCAAUUACUUCCCAUCAUUGAUAAGGACAAUAGAGGAAGGAAGGACAGCUGACCACCAGCGGUGUUACGGGUGUAUAUGUGACCCAGCACACAGCGAUACCACACAGGACACAGAUCAUCAGUUCUAGUAAUUUAAUGAGAGUAAACAUGAGAGGGAAAUGAACAAUGGAGGCUGAGCUUGGAGUUUCUGGGGCCUGAAGCCCGAGGGAAUCAGGCAGUGGCAGAUCGACAGAGUUCCAGCCUGGGUCUAACCUGACCACGGUGGCGUCACACUGCAGCACACGUGAAAAAGAAACGCUCCGUCAAGCUGCCUCCUUCAAACCGAUGCAGAGUCAGACCGGCUGCACAAAUGGCUACAGGUGUGCAAUUCAAAGGGGGCCCCGGGAUGGACGUCCUGCAUGUACAUACUGACCGGGUAAGGCAAAUGGAAACUCAGUAGGCAAAGCGGUGAUACGAAUGAAUGACAUUUUCUCUUCUCAAUCAGUAACUUGUGAUAAGACUUGACCAUUUGCAUUCGGUCCAGAUGAAAGAGGGAGGCCUGUGAUUAUCAUCACCACUUCAAAGGUGCAAACCAGGAGUGGAAACCCAUUUCAUUACUGGUGACUAACCAAACCACUGAAUGAAUUCAUGGAUUCCAUGUUUGGCGCCCCCAAAUCACUAUUUCGGGCUCAUUUCAGAGCGUUUUGCAUACCGCCCCCGUAUCGCUUCAUUCAGCAUCCUGACCUUGUGGCAGCCACGUGGAGGCAAAUCCGGUCCAUGCGCGCGCGCGCGGAAAUCAAACAUCAGCGAUCAAACGCGCGAGAUAGUUGCUGGGGGCCGCGAAACUUGAACCUCCUUCCUCGCGAGUUAAUCCUCUGCCUGCUCUCCAGGGUUUUUUUCUUCUUCUCCUCGCUCGUUCGCUGUUGUCCUUUUGACAGUAAGGGGGCGGACCCGGUCGCCGUGGCAUCUCGACAUCUAAUUGGUUGCAAACCCCGCCAUUGGAUUGGCGGGAGUUGUGCGUGCACAUUUCCGCCUCAUUAAUUCGAGGCCUCCGUCUUGAUGGUACGCCCUAUUUCAGAUUGUCUAUCGCCCAGUUUACUGUUAAAGCACACGUUCGAUAUCCUUCUCCCUGUUUUUUGCCAUAGCUCCUUUUAAAAAGAAUCAAGAUGCAUUUAAAAAAAGGAAGAUAAGGAAUUCGCGUGUUUCGUGAGAGGACUACACUGUAAAAAAAAAAUCCGUAA